GUCGCUACGCCGCCGUGCCUGUUGUGGGACUGCGAGAAGGGAAAAAAGGGUUAGGGAUUUGAAGAGGGAUGGCUUCGUUGGAGGCAAAGGUAGAACCAAGCGAUGUUACAGCUAUUACAGUAGGAAGUUCGCCACUGCCGAUAGAAGACAGCAACAGUGGCCUUUCUGAUAAUGAUCCCGUUGCCUCAGAAGAACCCAUUGACGUAGAAGCAUCUGAGUCACCAGCGAAGGACUGGAUGGGUACUUCAGACCUGCAGAUAUUACACAAUGAGGGGACUGCUCCCAGCCCAGAGGAUGUGGAAGUUCUUGAGGGUGAUAUACCAGCAGUGGAGCACAAGGAGAUUGUGAUUAAAGAACAGCCUGUCCAUCUUGGGGAAUAUAAGAUGGUUGCUGAAGCAGAGACUGGUGAUCAUGGCGUGAAGGUGACCAGUGUGAUGCCCUUUGCAAAAGGUCUUCCAGGUCAUGCUGCCAAAACAUUCCCAUCCUCUCCCACAAAGAUGAUUGGGAGUAGUCGGGCAAAGAUGUCACUCACUAGCACCAGCAAAUCAUCAAAUGCUGUCCAGAGUCUGGCAAUGAAAUUGUUGAGCUUGCCUAGUAGUCGAAAUUCAGGUGAGGUCUCUGGAAUUAUGGCUGAUGCUGCGGCUGCUGCUGCAGCAAUGCAUGAAAGACCAAAAAUACACAGAGCGAGGAAGACCAUGCCCAAGCCUAGCUUUGAUAUGGCCAGAUUUAUAGAAAAGAGAAGCAGCAUGGGCAUUGCAAAUGCUAUUCUCCAUAAUGCAUUGCCUGAAGAUAUGGAGAUAGCAUUUGCUAAGAAGAGAAAAUUGGAAUUGAGUGGCAAUGAGGUACCUAAAAAGAUCUCCACUCUUGGGACAGAAAAAUUCAGCUCUGCAGAGCCAGCCAAAACAGAAAAAAACAACUGCAUUAUGAGCGAGGAGAAAAGCAUUUCGCAUCAAGGCAGACACGAGGUGGAAGAAAAGAAAUUGGACAAUGGCUCUUUCUCAGAAGAGCAUCAAGCCUCUGCAGGUGACUCGCGACUUAACCUAUCUCGUGAGUGUGAUGGGAAUAAGGAGAGACCAUCUGAAUCUAUGGAUGAGUGGGAGGAGGAAGUGGGGGAGGAUUUCAGCCUUUUCUAUGACAGCUACUCUGUGGACGAAGGGAAGGUGGACUCUGACUGCAAGUCUGGUGGAGAUGGUGUGGAAGAUCAGCCAAGUGAUGGAGAGGAAGAUGAAGAUUAUGAAGAGGAAGAUGACGAUGAUCAAGAAGGAUCAGGAAAUCAAUCAGACAGGAGCUCUAUUUCCAGUGUGAAAAGGAAAGGAAAGAAGAAAAACAAGAGUGACAGUGCUUGGCUGAAACCUACCCGGAAACGUAGGAGGAAAGACAGAACAAAGCAGCUGAAUGAGGCUGUAAAUAUGAGUGGAGGUUCUACAAAUCAGAUGCACAGUGAAUACACAGAAGUGCCUUUGGGGUCGCUCGAGCUGCCGGGUGAAGAGAACCUGUCACCUAAUAAUGCAGGGAUAUCGAAUGAUGCUAGUUCCAUGGAGACUGAUCGCUUUGAGGAAGUACCACUGUGCAGCUGUAGAAUGGAAGCACCCAAGAUUGAUCGAAUCAGCGAGCUAGCAAACAACAAAUGCAUGGCAACCGAGAGCAUUGAUGGAGAGCUAAGUGGCUGUAGUAAUAACAUCCUAAAACGAGAGACCAUGAGGCCUUCAAGUCGUGUUCCACUGAUGGUUCUUUGCGAGAUGCAUCGUGCCAAGAUGGUGAAGCACCAUUGUUGUCCUGGAUGUGGAUACUUCUGCACUGCGGGUACUUUCUUGGAAUGUCACCCUGAUUUCCGGAUCACCCAUCGUUUUCACAAGGCUUGCCUCUCCCAACUUAAUGGCAUGGUUUUCUGCCCACAUUGUGGAGAGGAUGCCUCCGAGGCCCAAGAGAUUGUGGUUCCUAGGGCAGAUACAUGCACAGCCUCUGUGCCUGCCCCAAUACCCCCAGCGCAAGGGAGUGAAGCAACUGGAAGAGCUGACACAACGCAACCCAGCGCCCGGAUGAGAGGCAGCACAGAAAAUAAGAGGCAGCCAGAGCCUUUGCAGAAGAGCUCUGAGCAGUCAUCUGGACCAUACAUCACCCUUCCUUCAGGUGUAAUUCUCUCAGCUGCUGGCCUUCCCCCUGGUCCUGCACAUGAGGCACUUGAAAAAGCAUUGGUCAUUCCAGAAAUAGAGACCAAACGCAAAAAACUGAGGUACCACCCACGACAGCUGUAUUUGUCAUCCAAGCAGGGAGAGCUGCAGAAGGUCAUCCUCAUGUUAUUGGAUGGCUUAAGUACAGGAUUUCAGAGUGACCACCAAAGUCGGAGGUCUCCUCUUCAUGCUGCAGCACAAGGUGGAUUUCUAGAUAUCUGUCAUGUACUAGUGCAGGCAGGUGCCAGUGUAAAUGUCAGAGAUAAAUCUUUCCGUACACCACUGAUUGAAGCUGUUGUUAACAACCAUUAUGAACUGGCUAAGUACCUGGUGGAUCAUGGUGCAUGUGUCUAUCACAAGGAGGAGGAUGGCUCAACAUGCCUUCACCAUGCAGCCAAAAACGGGAACCUGCCCAUCUUGCAGCUUCUGCUUUCCACAGGGUUGGUGGAUGUGAAUGCACAGGACAGUGGAGGCUGGACCCCUGUUAUAUGGGCAGCAGAGCACAAGCACUUAGAUAUUAUUAAAGAAUUGCUGGCAAGAGGAGCAGACGUUACCUUGCGUGACAAUGAACACAACAUUUGCCUGCACUGGGCUUCCUUUACGGGGAGUGCUGAAAUUGCAGAGGUUCUUCUGAAUGCCAAGUGUAAUCUGCAUGCUGUUAACUACCAUGGAGACACCCCUCUUCACAUUGCUGCCAGAGAAAGCUUCCAUGAGUGUGUUAUGUUGUUCUUGUCCCGCGGAGCAGAUAUUGGUGUAAGAAAUAAUGAAGGGGACACUCCAUUGGAGCUGACUGCUGAAAACUCUGAUGUCUGGUUUGCUCUUCAACUGAAUAAGAAAAUUAAGCAGGGAAUCUAUAAUCGUGCUGUCCGUACUGAGAGGAUAAUCAGCAGGGACAUUGCACAUGGCUAUGAGAAUGUGCCUAUUCCCUGUGUGAAUGGCGUGGAUGAAGAGCCUUGCCCAUAUGACUACAAGUAUGUGUCUGAGAAUUGUGAGACCUCAGCCAUGAGUAUUGACAGGAAUAUCACUCAUUUGCAGCACUGCAACUGCCAAGAUGACUGCUCUUCUAGUAAUUGCCUUUGUGGACAGCUCAGUAUUCGUUGUUGGUAUGACAAGGAUGGUCGUCUUCUGCAGGAAUUCAACAAGAUUGAGCCACCUUUGAUAUUUGAAUGUAACCAGGCCUGCACUUGCUGGAAAACGUGCAAGAACAGAGUUGUACAGAGGGGCAUUCGGGCUCGUUUACAGUUAUACCGUACUGCCAAGAUGGGCUGGGGUGUCAGAGCAGUACAGGAAAUCCCUCAAGGGACCUUCAUCUGCGAAUAUGUGGGAGAACUCAUAUCUGAUGCUGAAGCAGAUGUAAGGGAAGAUGAUUCUUACCUCUUUGACCUGGAUAAUAAGGAUGGGGAGGUAUACUGCAUAGAUGCGCGUUACUAUGGCAACGUUAGCCGUUUUAUCAACCAUCUGUGUGACCCAAAUAUCAUCCCAGUACGUGUCUUCAUGCUGCACCAGGACCUAAGAUUUCCACGUAUUGCUUUCUUCAGCAGCAGAGACAUAAAGGCCGGAGAGGAGCUAGGUUUUGAUUAUGGUGAUCGAUUCUGGGACAUCAAGAGCAAGUAUUUCACCUGUCAAUGUGGCUCAGAAAAGUGCAAGCACUCUGCUGAAGCUAUUGCUCUGGAGCAAAGCAGGUUGGCCCGGAUGGAAGUAUACCAAGAUGUUCAGUCUGAUAGUGGAAUACCAAUUACUGUAAAUCCCUGAGGCCUGCAGGCUCAAACACUCUGCUGAUAGACUGUGAUGAUUGGGACUGUCUGUGUUUCAAAUACUGCAGCUUAUGGAGAAUGUUGGAUUUCAUUACUUCAUAUCGCCUUCUGUUCAUUAUGUUUGCUGUCCAAGAAAAUGUAGAACAGCAUGUGUAUGAAGAUUAUUAGGGGGAGGGGGACCGUAGUUCUGGUUGUUAAAGCACUCAGACUGGGGUGGGGGAUUCUGCCCUGUCUAUUAGACUUUUUCUGUAUUUUGGAGACCUGUGUUAUUUCUGACUUGAGCUCAGAAUGAAUUAAGCACUGUCUUUUAAUAUUAUAUGAUGAGUGACACUGGGUCUCCAUCAUGAAGUCAUGAUGAUUUCAAGAUCAGAGCAUUGGCACAGGUCUAACGUUACAGUAUCCUGUCCUGGAAUGCCUUUCUGUAUCGUCUUUUUUUCUUUCUGCUAGUACCAAAAUGGAGUCACUCCUUUUAAGAUGAACUUAGGUUUACAAUAUUGUCUUGUUCACCAGAAUUUCCUGAAUCAAACAUGUGAAUGAAAAGCUGUCUUUGAAGCUUUUAAUAGUGUUGCAGGGAGAGGAAGAAGAGAACAGAUCUGCAAUGGUGUUCACCAGUUGUACUCUAAUUUUUGGCAUCUUACCUGAGACUAGUUUUUGUUUUGCACCAUUUUUUUCCUGAUAUGCUUUUCUCUAUUGUGAAUACUUUGUUUGCUGUUUAAUGCAUCUUGUUUAUGGAAAGAAGAAAUGCAGUGUUCAGCAAGUCCUGACCCCAUGAAAAAACUUACUACCUAUUUGUUAACAAUGACACCUGCAAGAUGGUCUUUUUCACUAAUGUAUGACAUUGGAGCCAUGAUUUGAUUUCCUACAACGAUUUAGCAUUUUUGCCAGUAGCAGUGUUUUGUCCCAUUGUUUCUGUGUACUUAUGUCACAAUAUGUCAUACUGUUCUCUUUGAAGGGGGCAGAUCUGACAAAUAGUUUCUCCAUUCUUUUUUUAUGGACUCUUAUUAUCAUCAUAUGCAAGUCCAUUUCACCAAAACUUCCCGUUUGAUACAUUUGACUAUAGUGCGUGUUCGACCCUGCUUUACUACUUUUUACCAUUGUGUGUAGGUAACAUUUCCUUCCCCUCUGUCACUGUUUGCACUGAACUGGUGAUAGUGUUUUAUUCCAUUACCAGGAAAGGCUGUUUUAUGCAUAUGCUUUUGCCACCACUGUGAUAUCCAUGGCCACUUUCCAUGUCUUCCAGUAUCAUAAUCUCAGAGUGAUAGCACUUAACUUCAUGCAGCAGGAUUAACCUGAAGGCUUUCUGUAGGGUCCUACACCCAUGUUUUUCAGAGCUCCAGCUGGUGUACAGACUCUGAUCUCAUUUUUCUCUUACGUGAAUUUGGAACUCACAUCAUCCCCAUAAAGGAUUUCAAUUUUGGCAGCCAGACUGAAAAAGCCAAAGGUGAGUGAAAGUUUGCAGGUUACAGGUGAGGUGGUGUUGUAGGCUGCCAUCACACCAGCCUGCAGUGCACUGCAACAUUGGCUGCUCAUGCACAAGCUGUACAUCUGCAGUGCUAGUUUGCACAUUAUUUUGGUGGCUGAAUGCUUUCCUCCUCUGUUAGUACCUGGAGCUUGCCAUUGGUGUCAAUCCCAUAGCCUCCCCAUUAAGGAGGAAGUCUAAUCACCCCCC